GCUUCGAUAUUAAUGGCAGACUCAGAACUGCUUACAAUGAAUAGCACCAACAAUAUACUCCACUCAACUGUAGUCUUCGAUAGGAUUGAUGAGAAUUUUGCAAACAUGACAUCAACUCUAACAGUGUCAACGUCUGGCGUGAGAAAUGGGACAAAUGUCACUUGUACCACUUUCGUUGGGAAUGAUGAGUGUAACAUGACUGCUACCAUCUACGUUACAGGUUGGUGAGCAGAACAUAACAAUAAUUAACUUAGUUUUAGUUAUAAGUAUCAUUUCAGAUGUGCCUAACUCUAAGGCACAAACUUUUGUAUACAAAGAGAAGGAGACAUAUUUCACAGCAGUACUAGAGCUGGGAGAUAUGUUUGAUGGAGGAGGAGUUCCAAUUGAUCACUACAUUAUUCAAGUGGACAGCGGCACACAGUUGGAAACUCCAGGCCCCACCUACAGUUUUGACAUCAUGUACAAUACUACACUGUCAGUGAACAUCUCAGCCCACAACUGUGCAGGAUACAGUGAUCCCUUACCACUUGAGAUACAGUAUGAUGAAGAUUCUGAGGAUAGUACACCCAGUAUGACCCUGAGGCCUGUCACUGGUGGUUCCUCAGUUGUGAUUGUGGUACCUGUAUCGGCUGCUGGGGCACUUAUUGUCAUCACAAUAUCUAUUGUACUCCUUGUUUUGCUUAAAAGGCACAGUAGUACUAAUAGAAACAGAGAGCAGGAGAAGUGUGAUGUGGUGGAGAACUCUGCUUAUGGUGUCCAUGUUCAAGGCUCAGCUGGUGAUAGACUGGAGCCAGACUACAACAUGGAGAACAACCCACUGUAUGAGAUGAGGAUACUGUCAAAUGAGGGAAACUCACACAAGACACAAACACCAGCUCCAGUCCCUGUGUAUGAGAAUGUU